AUGAAACUAUUUAAUCUUUUAUCUCUAUCAGUGCUGGCCGACAAUACAGAAAAGUUUCAGGCGCGUCAAAGAGAAAUUGAGGGACAAAACGCAGCGGAAAAUCAUGAUUUUUCUGGAUCAGGAGGAAUUAAUUUCCAGCAGCCAGCAUUAGAUAGCGAGGAAGCGGCGGAAAACUUCAUGCCAGCUCGACACCAAUGCGAUGCCUGCCGAAUAGUGACGAUGGUGUUGAGACAGAAACUCCAGGAGAAAGUGGAUCUUUACCCAUCAAUCAAAGCCGGCAAAAAACUGCUACGUGAAAGCGACGUUGUUGAUCUUGUCGAGGGCGUUUGCGAGAGCGAGAAGUCAUUUGAAGGCGCGGGAGUCAAAGUUAUCAAUGGUGUGGAGAGACUCGCGGCGAAUGGAUUUGAAACGGCCGAGAUUCCCGGGGUAACUCAAGGAGGGAUGAGUUGGCCACGACGCUUCAAAAACUACUGCUUCCAAAUCAUAGAAGAGCAGGACUCCGAGUGGCAAAUUUACAACCUCUUCAACAAAAACAAAGACCAAAUGGAUUUCGAAUUAUGCUUCAACGGCAAGAACACUGCCUGCUGGAAGUACCCAACUGCGAAAUCGAGGGAAGAGCUUUGA